GGUUCUGCUAGACUGAGAGAUGGAGUGAAGUCUGUCUCUGCUCCUUGUUUGGGAAGCUAGUGGGAGGGAACAGGCCAAGGGGCUAUAUAAACAGCUUUCAGCUUCACAGUGUACCGUCCCAGAGCAGCUAUCCCCAGCCAAGCACUGUCAGGGACUGUUUUUGUCUGAAAGGCCUGAGGACAUUGACUUAGAAGAUGUGCGAGGAAGAGGACAGCACUGCCCUGGUUUGUGACAAUGGAUCAGGACUUUGUAAGGCUGGCUUUGCUGGGGAUGAUGCUCCAAGAGCAGUUUUUCCUUCCAUUGUGGGUCGUCCCAGGCACCAGGGCGUGAUGGUGGGUAUGGGUCAAAAAGACAGCUACGUAGGGGAUGAAGCUCAAAGCAAGAGAGGUAUCCUGACUUUGAAAUACCCCAUAGAACAUGGCAUCAUCACAAACUGGGAUGACAUGGAGAAGAUCUGGCAUCAUUCUUUCUACAAUGAGCUGCGUGUUGCCCCUGAAGAGCACCCUACUCUGCUUACUGAGGCUCCAUUGAAUCCAAAAGCCAACCGAGAGAAAAUGACCCAGAUAAUGUUUGAGACCUUCAAUGUACCAGCCAUGUAUGUAGCUAUUCAGGCUGUUCUGUCCCUCUAUGCUUCUGGACGUACCACGGGGAUUGUACUAGACUCUGGUGAUGGUGUCACCCACAAUGUGCCAAUCUAUGAAGGCUAUGCCCUGCCCCAUGCCAUCAUGCGUCUGGACCUAGCUGGCCGAGACUUAACCGACUACCUCAUGAAAAUUCUCACUGAACGUGGCUAUUCCUUUGUGACUACUGCUGAACGUGAAAUUGUCCGUGACAUCAAGGAGAAGCUGUGUUAUGUGGCCCUGGACUUUGAAAAUGAGAUGGCCACUGCUGCUUCUUCCUCCUCUCUGGAGAAGAGCUAUGAACUGCCUGAUGGGCAGGUGAUCACCAUAGGUAAUGAGCGUUUCCGCUGCCCUGAGACCCUAUUCCAACCUUCCUUCAUUGGCAUGGAGUCUGCUGGCAUUCAUGAAACUACUUACAACAGCAUCAUGAAGUGUGAUAUUGAUAUCAGAAAGGACCUUUAUGCAAACAAUGUCCUGUCUGGUGGUACUACGAUGUACCCGGGUAUUGCUGACCGGAUGCAGAAGGAAAUCACUGCUCUGGCUCCCAGUACGAUGAAAAUCAAGAUCAUUGCUCCUCCUGAGCGUAAGUACUCCGUCUGGAUUGGGGGCUCGAUUCUUGCCUCCCUGUCCACCUUCCAGCAGAUGUGGAUCAGCAAACAGGAAUAUGAUGAAGCUGGCCCAUCCAUUGUUCACCGCAAAUGCUUUUAAUCUGCUUAUCUGUAUAUGUAUUUUUCAGCACAUUGCUGUCAAUGUAUUCAGGAAUAAAUACGUUCUUAUCAUUUCAUUCCAAAAUCUUUCAUAAUAAUGGCUCUAAUUGGUUAUGAUGUAUUUUUUGAAUAAAUAGUAAAUAUGCAUCUA